GAUCAAAACUUCCACGACCGUGUUUGGGAAACAAACAAUCUCUCGUCCGGCGUCGCUUCUUCCCCAGUGUCAAUAUCCAAUAACCUCCCUUCGCCGACCCUAGCCCCGCUUAUAUACAUAGGUAUAUAAGUUGAACUCGACAGCCAAUCACCCUGCCGUCAACCAACUUUAUUUUCCUGAGAUCGACGUCAACCGCUUCACUACUCCUUGGACUGAGAGCAGGAACCCGAUAUGCUGGAGAAGCCCGAGGCCAAAGCCUCAUGGCUGGCCACAGUAUCAAACAGGUUCAGGAAAGGAGGGAAGCUCCAACCAUUUAGGUUGCUGAGGCAGGACAUACACAACCUACGCCAGAGAUAUGUUUCGGAUUGGACAGUCUUCAACCAACUGGUUGUCGCCAGUGCCGUCUAUGUUUUCUUCACCAAUAUCCUCCCGGGCAUCACCUUUGCCAACGAUCUCUUUGUCCUCACCGGAGAAUCAUGGGGCACCAUCGAAGUUGUCUUUAGCACUGGCCUUUGCGGUCUCAUCUUCUCCCUCUUCUCUGCACAACCCUUGACUAUCUUGGGUGUCACUGGUCCCUUUUCCGUUUUGGCGGAGAACAUGUACAAGCUAUGUACAAAUAACUUUCAUGUCCCCUUCCUCCCGGUCAUGGCCUGGUCCCUCAUCCACUCCGCCUGGAUGCACUACCUCCUCGCCAUUUUCAACGCCCACGACUACACCAUGCAAUAUGUCACCGACUUUAGCGCCGAUAUCUUCUCCCUCCUUAAUUCCGUCAUCUACUUCCACAAGGCCAGUCUCGAGCUCAAACGAAAUCACGACAAUGUUCCCUUCGACGCCUUCCUCUACUCCAUCAUUGGCGCCUUCGGCACCUGCCUCAUGGCCAUCUUUCUGUCCACCGCACUCGAAUGGAAGCCCUUGUUCGGGCGCAUCAUCCGCAUGGGACUAGCCGAGUACGCGGCUGCCAUCUCCAUCAUCUUCUUUAUCGGCGUCCCGUACAUGGGCGAGCUAGCGAAUCUCGAUCACGAGCGCCUUUCCAUCCAAAAGACGUUUCGACCCACCAGCCCGGCCCGCGACACGUUCUUCGUGAGGUUCUGGGAGGUGCCACUGGAGUGGGUAUUCAUCUCCAUUAUCCCCGGCGCCAUCAUCACGGUGCUGUUCUACUUUGACCACGAGAUCAGCAGCAUCAUCUGCACUGUCGAGCGCUACGGCGUGAAGAAGCCGGGCGGGUACGCUUGGGACAUUGUCCUGCUGGGCACGACCACUGCGCUUUGUGGAAUCUUGGGUAUCCCGCCUGCGAACGGCUUGUUGCCGCAGGCGCCUUUGCAUUCAGAGUCUCUGCGGCAUUGGGUGGAAGUUGACGAUGAUGAGGAAGACUCCGAUGCCCCCCUUACGACGACCUCUAAUAAUCCCCCCCAGUCAGCCACAGCCACAGCCUCACCCUCACCCUCAACCUCCUCCUCUUCCACAACCUUAUCAUCCCCCAACAUCGACGACGCCCCCAGAAAGAAGAAACUGGUUCCCCGCGUCCACGAACAGCGCUACUCUCCCCUUCUCCAAUCCGCCAUGAUCCUCGUCUUCAUCAGCCCCCCCUUUCAACACCUCCUCGGCUUCACCCCCACCUCCGUCUUGGCGGGUCUGUUCAUGUACAUGGGCUACCAAUCGCUCUCCGUCAACCCCAUCCUCCCUCGCUUCUUCGAAAUGCUUUCCCCGCCCUCGGAACUCCCGCCCUUGCCCAACCCGCAAAUCUCAAGAUGGGCAGUGCACGGGUAUACUCUCACCCAAAUCGUGCUGACGGGCAUCAUUUUCGGCGUGACCUUGACGGUCGCGGCGCCGGGGUUUCCGGUGAUUAUUAUCAUUUUGGUCCCCGUGAGGCUGUGGAUCAUGAAUAGGAUUUGGGGCAGGGAGACGUUGAGGUUUGUGGAUGGGUGGGCGUGUAGGCCAGGGAAGCCGGAGGAUAGUGAGGAGGAAAAAGCAGCGAGGAGAGAGGGGGAGAGAGGUGGUGGCGAAGAGAAUGUGAGUGCGAGCGCAAAUGUGGGUGAGGACGAUGUGGAGAGGGGACUGGCGAUGACGUCGACGGGGAUCAUCAGUGAGGGUGUGAGGGAGAAGCAGAGGUGAUCUUGGAUGAUUUUGUGGUGGAUGUUUCAAGGCUUUGUUUUGCUGUAUCACGCGAGUGAAGGAGAAAAAAGUUUGAAGGGGGUGUAGUUGAAAGCUGGACGGAUGAUACAUGUACGACGAUGAAUUCGACACGAUAAUGAUUUAAUAGCAUAGCAUGAGCAUGAGCAGGCAUGGCAUAGUACGAGCAUAGC